CCUCCUGGCUGUUACCCUCCUGCAGUGCAAAGGGCUAAUCUGCGUGUUCCUCCCACUAUUUGAGCGACAAGGCUGCACAUUGUGCUCAGACCGGCCAGCCAGCCAGCCAAGGUUACACAGUCGCUUCUCUCUCCCGCCUGUAAGCAGUCCGCGGUACACAGCUGCAUCUCUUCAUCCACAUUCAACAUCUAACGCGACCGGACCGCCGGGGGACUUUAUGGUGACAAAUGGAGACCAUUAAUCAUAAACUAAACACAUACUUUGAGACAUGGAUGGGUCCCAGAGAUCAGCGGGUGCAGGGAUGGCUGCUGCUCGACAACUACCCACCAACCUUUGCACUCACAGUCAUGUACCUUCUGAUCGUGUGGAUGGGACCCAAGUACAUGAAAAACAGGCAGCCGUACUCCUGCAGAGGCCUCCUAUUGCUCUACAAUCUGGGCCUCACAGUCUUGUCCUUCUACAUGUUCUAUGAGCUUGUUACUGCUGUGUGGUACGGUGGCUACAACUUCUACUGCCAGGACACUCACAGUUCACCGGAAGCAGAUAAUAAGAUCAUGAAAGUCCUGUGGUGGUACUACUUCUCCAAGCUCAUUGAGUUCAUGGACACCUUCUUCUUUAUACUACGGAAGAAUAAUCACCAGAUGACAUUUCUCCAUGUCUACCACCAUGCUAGCAUGCUGAAUAUCUGGUGGUUUGUUGUAAACUGGGUACCCUGCGGCCAUACAUACUUUGGCCCCACCAUAAACAGCUUUGUCCACGUUGUGAUGUAUUCUUACUACGGUCUGUCAGCCAUCCCAGCCAUGCGGCCGUAUCUGUGGUGGAAGAAGUACAUCACACAGUUACAGCUGAUCCAGUUCUUUUUAACCAUCUACCAGACGAUGUGCGCAGCCGUAUGGCCAUGUGGCUUUCCCAAAGGAUGGCUGUACUCACAAACAAGUUACAUGGUCACGCUCAUUUUAUUUUUCUUAAACUUCUACAUUCAGACUUACAAGAAGCAGAGGGGUUCUCUAAAGAAGGAGCAUCACAACAGCUCUCCUGUAUCAACAAAUGGAAAUGCAAAUGGGACGCCAUCUGUGGAGCGCACUGCAUACAAGAAACUGAGGGUGGAUUGACAUUUGAGUAAGCGCCACCUCCAUCUCACUGUAGCGUGUUAGCUAAUGCUGCUAAGAGGUAUUUGGCUCUUCUUAUCUAGAAUAGUUUAGCACUCACUUGAGUGAGUUGAUAUAAAUUGAGAUACUUUCCAUGUUUUUAAACAUGUUCCUACACAUUGAUUAUAUUAAUUAAUAUAGAAUUAAUUUAUUAAUAAAGUAGAGUAUUGUAAUAUGGUUCCACAAUAUUGCCUCCUCUACCCUAUAGAGCAGGGAUCUUCAACAGGGGGUCCGGGACCCCCAGGGGGGCCUCAGCGUCAAGGCACGGGGGCCUCCAAAUUAUUGUUAAUUGUUGUGUGUUAAGUUUUUUUUCAAAAAAAGUAAAAAGACUUAACAUGAAUCUAAGAUAUUAUUAGCAAAUAUAAGUUCCCUCUGAUGAUAAGCUUACUGGCCUAUAGGCAAGGUAGUCACUAAGCCCAAC